GCCAGGCGGGGGAGCCCCUUUCUCAGCAGCACACCACAGCAUCACCGCCGCGCCUCACUGAAAAAGGACAGAGAGGAGAGAAAUGCAAAGGGAUGUAAGAUGGCAGAGCUACAAAUGCUAUUAGAGGAGGAAAUCCCUGCCGGUAAAAGAGCGCUCGUGGAAAGCUACCAGAACCUGUCCCGGGUUGCGGAAUACUGUGAAAACAAUUAUGUUCAGGCUCAAGACAAGAAGAAGGCCCUGGAGGAGACCAAGGCCUACACCACCCAGUCUCUGGCCAGUGUGGCUUACCAGAUCAAUGCCUUAGCUAACAAUGUGCUGCAGCUGCUGGACAUCCAGGCCUCGCAACUACGACGCAUGGAGUCCUCAAUCAACCACAUCUCCCAGACAGUGGACAUUCAUAAAGAGAAGGUGGCGCGUCGGGAGAUCGGCAUCCUGACCACAAACAAAAACACCUCUCGCACCCACAAGAUCAUCGCACCGGGCAACAUGGAGCGGCCGGUGCGCUACAUUCGAAAGCCCAUCGAUUACACACUGCUGGAUGAUGUGGGACACGGCGUCAAGUGGCUUAAGGCCAAGCAACAUGGGAAUAAUGCAGCAGGGCGAGGAGGGACGCUCUCCAGGACCAACCCCCCGACACAGAAACCUCCGAGCCCCCCCAUGGCUGGUCGUGGUACCCUGGGGCGUAACACUCCCUACAAGACACUGGAGCCAGUGAAGCCUCCGGUGGUGCCUAAUGACUACAUGACGAGCCCGGCCCGACUGGGCAGCCAGCACAGCCCUGCACGCACAGCCUCGCUCAACCAGAGGCCCAGGACACACAGUGGCAGCAGCGGGGGUAGUGGCGGCAGGGAGAACAGUGGAAGCAGUGUAGUUGGUGUCCCUCUAGCAGUUCCCACCCCCUCCCCUCCCAGUCUGGGGCAAGUGGCCACGUCCUCAGCCUCAGUGCCCCAGGGCCCCGGCUUGGGCCCCAUCCCCAUGUCCCAGUUCGGCACCAUCUCCCGCCAGAUCUCCCGUCACAACUCCUCCACCACCUCCUCGGCCUCCAUGGUGUCGGCCACCGGCACCUACCGCCGUGCACCCUCCGUCUCCUCUCAGCAGCCUCACAUCAACGGGGGCCCUGCCUACCCACAGAACUCCGUGUCUGUGGCUCCUCCGCCUCCUCCUCCCAUGGUGCAGCUGACCCCACAGAUCCCUCUGACCGGCUUUGUGGCCAGAAUGCAGGAGAGCAUAACAGACAGCCCUGCCCCGCCUCCUCCGCCUCCGCCAGAGGACAUGGGUGUGUUUGAGGAACACUCUCCCCCUCCUCCUCCCCCACCUGUGGACUAUGAGGAAGAGGAGGCAGCAGUGGUUCACUACAGUGAUCCUUACGCUGACGGAGACCCCCACUGGGCCCCCAAGGCUUAUUUAGAGAAAGUUGUGGCCAUCUACGACUACAGCAAGGACAAGGAGGAUGAGCUGUCUUUCAUGGAGGGAGCCAUCAUCUACAUAAUCAAGAAGAACGAUGACGGCUGGUUCGAAGGCGUCUGUAACGGCGUCACUGGCCUCUUCCCAGGAAACUAUGUAGAGUCCAUCAUGCACUAUGCUGACUAAAAAAAAAAAAAGAAAAAGAAACAAAAACCCACCCCAACACGGCACUGCAGUUUUGAACAGAGGUAAAACCAUGAAGAUGUACAGAAGUAUGCAGUGUGGCAAUAGCAGUUCAUACAGAUCCUGUUUUGAAUGAAUGAAGUGCCAUGGUGAAGUCUUUGGAAUAUACAAAAUGGUUUUCUUUUGGGGGGGAGGGGCUUGUGCUUGCACGAUUUUAUUCUGCUCCGAAAAAUAAAUAAAAUAAAAAAAAUAAAAAGUAGCACAAUGUAGGAGGGUGCUGAAGCUUUGGAUGACCGGGGUCUGUUAGUUUACACUGUGGACGAAAAGGAGAGGACUCUACCGCACAUCUGUGGUGGUCGGCAGCACUUUUCAAACUGGGUCAGCGAUGUAUUGCCUCACAAUAAAUGACAUACAAUAAAAAAAAAGUUUGAAAUAAUACCAAACAAAUCUAGAGGUAGUGUUAAUUUGUGUGUGUGCAACCAACAUUUCCAGUAUUUCCAGUACAGACAGUGAAGUAUUACCAGGAUUUCAUUGAAUGGAGGCAGUGUAGCAUCCUUAUGUCAAAAUGCUGCACAGAUGCUCCUCCCCCUUCAUUUGCACUGUAGACCAGCAGACCAACUCCUCCCUCCUUCCCCAAACAUCCAUCUUACCUUAUCAAAAAACAAAAAAAACCCAACAAGGACAAACAAACAUCAACAAGUGCAUUAGGACACGACUGAAUGUUUCAUGUCGUCGAUGUCCAAAUCACAAGAUGUUUAA